UCGAAUCGCGCGGAUCGAACACGCGCGCUAGCUCACCGAUUUCUUCUUCUUUCUUUUUUUUUUUUUUGUUUUGCUAUCCAUCGCGAUGUUCUCCGGUUGCUACUCGAUCGUAAUUUUGUUCUCUUUGAUCGCGCUUUUUUCGCCGCGAGUAAGUUACUGCGAUACGAAGAAUCUCACCGAUGUCUCGGAAGAGACACAGGCGGAGAACGCGCUGGCGAAGCUGGUGAAGCUGUUCUCCAAACCGGGCGCGUUUAAACGGAUCGACGCGAUAUUGGGCGAGAACACCAUCGAGGCGUCGUUCACGAGCUGUCCCAUGGGCGAGGAGGGUCUGGAGUGCCGAAGGGCCGAGGCUCGUCGAUCGGUCGACUGUCCCCGAGGAGACUGUUUCUGUUACGAUUGCGCCGCCGCCGGACCUGAUUUGUGGGCCUCCUGUUGCCGUGAAAGCCUGAGAUGCUGCUCUCAUCUCGCGGCCGCCUGCAGGACGUGCGAUCACCCGACGUUAUAUCCGUUCUGCGCGAAGCACUUCAAGAAGUGUUUGACGCAGUACAACGACAAGAAGCAAAAUUGACGCGACAUUGUCGCGUCAGAGGCCGCCCCGCGUGUGUUAAGCUGUGAUAAUCAGAUCGAUGAUUCUCGUGACGAAAAGCAUUGCGAUUUACGUAUUUUGAGCAUCUUACUUAUUAUAUAUAUUUAACAAAAAUCGAUAAAACGCACGCUCGUGUGUACACAAAUGAUAUAAAAAUUAUAGCGAUUACACAUUUUUUAUACCACCAGCAUUUUUAUUUUUCGAUUCUUGGCAAGACAUUUAAGUAAUUAAAGAAUAACCAUUAAAUGCGAAACACACAAAAUUCAGAAAACUUCGCCGAUAAUAACCAUUAAUUACAUCGAUAUCACUAACGAGUUUUUCGCAGAUGCCUCGCUUCAAAAGUGCCCACCACAACGGAGACAACCAGGAUGUCUAUUCGAUCUUGGAAAAAAAAAAAAAAAA